UGAUGUGGCCGGGCGAAAAAAUAAUUUCGUGUUAGUAUUGCGUGAAUAUCGGAAACAGCGCUGUGCACAAGAAAAUAUUGAUUCCAACGCCGAAAUGGCACAAAUUAUGGUGGAAGAUUUGUCCUCUAAUGGUUUCUAUGUAAUCCAAGGAGAACUAUCCCUCCUGCUUAAUUCAAUGAGAAGACCAUUCAAAUGGUCAUCUCAAAUUUAUCAGGAGGAGGAGCAGGAUGUACUGAUAAAAAAUCUGAAUCAACUGAAAGAACAACUUAAUCAAGUGUCAUCUCUAGCAGAGUUAGACUUGCUGGCUGUGCUUGGUCCCUUCCUUGAGGUGAUCCGAUCAGAGGACACUUCAGGCCCUGUCACUGAACUGGCUUUGUCUGCAGUUUUUAAAUUCUUGUCUUAUGGACUGAUUGAUCCAGCCCAUGAGUCAGCAGCAAUUGUGGUUGAAAGUUUGGCAGAUGCUGUGACUCAUGCAAGAUUUGUCGGAACAGAUAGUGGAAGUGACGAAGUUGUUCUAAUGAAGAUUUUACAUGUAUUGAGAAUGCUAAUUCUUCAUCCUGCUGGGAUUCUUCUCUCCAACGAAAGUGUUUGCGAAAUUAUGCAGAGCUGUUUCCGAAUCUGUUUUGAAACCCGUUUGAGUGAACUCUUAAGGAAAUCUGCUGAACAUUCCUUAAGCGAAAUGGUACGUCUGUUGUAUGAACGAGUGCCACAGUUCCCUCUUCAAGAAAUCAAAGGAUCGGUAAAUUACAAGAAGCUGAAAAUGAGAACCGCAGCCUAUGAUCCAUCCAGAAAUAAAAAGAAAUCUCGAUCACCGAAACCGAGACCAAAAACAUUGGCCGUCAACGCCAAUGGAACGUCCAAAAGUGGACAACCAGUUGAAACGCCAGUAAGCCCUUGCGUUGAAACACCCACUACCAAAGAAAGCUCCGAAUCUUUUCCGGUGUCGAAUCCGACGGAAGAAAGCACACAAGCAGAUUCCGAGUCAAACAUCGAAACGCCGACAAUUUGCCAAUCAGUUGAUCAUUCCGCAUCGGUGGAGGCGGAAACACCCGUCGUUACAGUCUCAAUGGCACAGGAAGAAACACCUUUUCAGACCAUCGACACUGCAGCCCAAGAUUAUGUCAAUGCACAGGGUGUCCGUUUUAUUUCAUCCGAAUCAACAAAUGAGGAAUCUGGGGGCCGUUGUCAUGUGCCCUAUGGACUACCCUGCGUCCGAGAGCUGCUACGCUUUUUAGUGAGCCUCAUCAACCCGUUGGAGAGGCAGAACAGUGAAGCCAUGAUUCACGUUGGACUGCGAUUGCUGACCAUAGCCGUUGAGACUGCAGCGGACGUGAUUGCCGCCGUGCCGUCAUUGCAGAUUCUAAUCCAAGACGAAACAUGUCGGUCACUGUUUUCGCUAUUGAAUUCUGAUCGGCUAUCCGUUGUGGCCGCUGCCUGUCGCCUGUGUUUCUUGCUUUUCGAAUCAGCACGGACGCGACUAAAAUUCCAGUUGGAAACUUAUCUCCUAAAGCUCAUGGAAAUUGUUGCUCACGAAUCACCAAAGGUAGCCUAUGAGCGGCGUUUAGUCGCCCUCGAAGCCAUUGCCCAACUUUGCCGUAUUCCAGGAUUGGUAACGGAACUUUACUUGAACUAUGAUUGUGAUUGCCAUACAUCGGAUCUUUUCCAAGAGCUCAUUAAGCAUCUUUCGAAAAAUGUUUCUCCAUUGGCGACUGGUGGAAUUUAUACCAUCCAUUUACUCUCCCUGGAAGCCCUGCUUAUUGUCGUGGACUCGGUUGAAGCUCAUUGCCUCACACAGAGGAAUGGCAAAGGCAACGGGCUAUUGGAACACCAAUCGUCGUCUCGAAUGCCGCCAGCCGCUCGUAAAAGUCGUUUAGUUGAACUAUCCGCAGACGUGCCCUCGGAGGAGCACCUCUCCUCCAUCCGUCAUAAAAAGAAGCUGUUGAUAGCAGGUGCCGAGCAUUUCAACAGCAAACCCGCCAAAGGAAUCCAAUUUCUCCAGGAAAACGGGCUCUUGUCGGACCCGUUAGAUCCGACUCAGGUAGCCGUCCUUCUUCGCGAAUGUUCACGACUGGAGAAGAAGAUGAUUGGAGAGUACAUCAGCAAUCGAAAAAAUUUGAACGUCCUCGAAGCUUUCGUUCGAUCUUUCGAUUUCCACGGCAUCCGUAUCGAUGAAGCAUUGAGAUAUUAUCUGGAAACGUUCCGUCUACCCGGAGAGGCGCCAUUAAUUUCUUUGUUGAUGGAACAAUUUGCCGAUCAUUGGCACAAAUGUAACAACGCUCCGUUCUUCAACGCUGAUGCAGCCUUUACGCUGGCCUACGCCGUCAUCAUGCUCAAUGUUGACCAGCACAACACGAACGUCAAGAGACAGAACAUCCCCAUGACGGUGGAAGAGUUUAAGCGCAAUUUGACCAAAGUCAAUGGCGGCCAAGAUUUCGACUCGUCUAUGCUGGAAGAGAUUUACCAAGCGAUCCGUAGCGAAGAGAUCGUCAUGCCGGCCGAGCAAACCGGAUUGGUAAAAGACAACUACCUGUGGAAGGUGCUGCUACGGCGCGGAGCCACCAAAGACGGACGCUAUAUUCACGCUCCCAACGGACUCUUUGACCGCGACCUGUUCACCCUGUCUUGGGGACCCACAAUGGCGGCUCUAAGCUGUCUGUUGGACAAAGCGCAAACUGAAGGGAGCGGCAUCGUUGAAUGGGUUUUGCAAGCCAUCAGAAAAGUAUCCACAGUGGCGGCUCACUUUGGUCGCACCGAAGUCUUUGACCACGUCGUCCAGACGAUGAUCAAGUUCUCUUGUCUACUCCCCAGUGGCGACAACCCACCCAUUCAGGCCGUCGCUUUUGGCCAGAACCGCAAAGCCCAGGUGGCCACAUCCACGGUAUUCCAGUUAGUGCAACGUCAUGGCGAUAUUCUACGAGAGGGUUGGAAGCCUCUGGUCGAAUGUAUUAUGCAGUUUUAUCGCAUGCGCGUGCUACCUGAUGAGCUCGUCGAAGCCGAGGAUCCGUUUGAUCCUCACACGAAGGUCAAGCUCCUGGGCGCAGACAUUCCACUUCGAUCGGAGACAUCGGGGCUGUUUAGUUCCAUCUAUUCUUACAUCGCUCUCUCUGAAGGAUCUUCCGGUGGAAGAGCUGGUUCUGCCGAAGAGCAGGAUGCUCUGAAUAGGGCUAAAGCGUGUGCCCUAGAGUGCAACAUCGAACAAUUAAUUUCCGAUUCCAAAUUUCUACAAACCAAUGCCUUGCAAGAUUUUGUCAAAGUGUUGAUUGCUUCGAAUGACGUGUCCAACAUCGAUGAAUUUGGAGUCAUCUUUGUUCUCGAACUGAUUAUACGCAUCACUGUCCAGAAUCGCGAUCGUGUCACUUGUAUCUGGAAUCCUGUUCGCGAUCACAUUUACAGCUUGGUGAUGGGAGCAGCCGCAUCGGAUAGAAUUUUCAUUUUAGAACGAUCCAUCGUCGCUCUCCUAUUGUUAACUGGCCGGUUAAUGCGACGCGAAGAUGUGGCACCCAUUGUACUUCAAUCCCUAAGAAUGCUAUUAAUGCUCAAACCUCAGGUUUUAUCACGAGUAUCUCGUCAAGUUUCUUAUGGUUUGCACGAAUUGCUUAAAACUGGAGCUGCCAACGUCCACACGACAGGUGACUGGCGUGUUCUGUUCACCUUGUUGGAAUGCGUUGGAGCAGGUGCUCAGCCGCCAUCCGUCCGUAGAGGCGAGUUGGCUCCGUCCGUCUCUAUGGAAGCUAUUGCAGAGCCUACUGCCAGCGUUGCAAGUUCUGACACGGAUGUGACCGAGCUUCCAGUAGGGGACGUGUCUGGAUCUAUCGAUCGUGGCUACACAUCUGAUUCCGAGUUGUACGAGAAUCGAAUCAAUCGGUCGGCUUCAGCUCCUGGAGCUUCAGGUGUUCACGGCUCUAGUCCAGAGCUUCAUGUUCCAGCUGGUGGAGGAGGCUGGAUUUUUGUCGGCCGUCAGGGAGAGAUUGAACAUUUGAAAGGAAGACAGGCUCCUGGACGAGAAUACAAUAUCGUUCAUGACCGCAAAUUGUUGGCCCAUGAUCCAUUGGCUUUUGUCAAAUCCUGUGAAAGUUUGACUUUCCUUAUUCGAGAUGUAGCUCAUAUAACGCCAGAGAAUUUUGAAUGUGCAGUACAGUGCAUACGCACAUUUGUUGAAGCCAGUCUGAAUGUUGGAAUGACUACCAAUCGACCUCAAUCGAAUCCAAGUGGCCACCCGUCUUCACAAGACAAUUUCCGACGCUCCAAGUCAUUUCAUGCGAGCGAUCAUUCAACAGAACACAACGAAAUUCAAGAACUCCCGGCCAAUUAUCAUCAGGUUCCUGUUCAGUUGCUGGAUCUGAUGCAUACACUACACACCAGAGCUGCUCAAAUAUACCAGUGGUGGGCAACAGAAAGCGCGGAUACAGAAACGCAUGUGAACGAUGAGAACAAAGCACCCAGUAAUUUCCAGCUGAGUCCAUCGUUAUGGAUGCGUGGCUGGUGCCCUUUACUUCAGGGUAUCGCUCGCCUUUGUUGCGAUUCUCGCAAACAGGUGCGAACUACUGCCAUCACCUACCUACAGCGCUCGCUGCUCGUCCACGAUCUGCAAAGCUUAACGGCCAGUGAAUGGGAGUCUUGCUUCAAUACCGUCCUUUUCCCUUUGCUGGCCAAGCUGUUGGAGCCUCAACGCUCUACGGCUUCAACCCGAGCCCAGAUGCAAGCCGACCAUUCCAGCUGGGAGGAAACGCGAAUUCGAGCGGCCACUCUUCUCUCCAAAGUAUUUCUACAGCACUUGGGGCCGCUGUUGCAACUGCCUACGUUCACUGCGCUCUGGCUGACGCUGCUUGAUUUUAUGGACAAGUACAUGCACGUUGAAAAUAAUGAUUUGCUGGCCGAAGCCGUACCUGAAAUGAUGAAGAAUUUACUGCUGGUCAUGGAAACUGCCGGCGUUUUCGGAUCGAAUGGAGACGAACUCGAUCAAACGCCCAUUAAGACAUCGGACACAACAUCACCUCAGGCACUUCAUUUGAAAACGCAGCUAUGGAACAUGACUUGCGACCGCAUUGAUGUGUUUCUUCCGGGCUUACGUCAAGAAAUUACACGUUCAAAGACACCAAUCGCACGCGUUCCAGCAGUACCUCUUUCGGAAGAUUUCUCUUCAAAUGUCGUUCCAAAUGAAGUGGAAUCACCGGAAUUGGCAGAGGGGCCACUGUCCUUGGAAUCCGUAGCCUCUAAUCCAGAACCUCCAAGCCAAGAGAAUCCUUUUGAAUCGGAACAGGCUACUGUUUCCCCCACCGAUGUAUCCGCCGACGUUCCAGCAGUGCCGGAAGUGUUGGCAGUUGAAGAUAAAACGAAUUCCAUGGAAGUUUCUGAAGAAAGCAAACCUCCUCUAAACUUUGUCCCACAAUCCAUGUUUUCCGUGUGGAAUGUUCCAGAUCCUAGUGAUGCGGCGGCAUUGUUUUUCCACGAUCUUACGCCUGGUCCAGCUGACGAUACACAGGCAAUCAGCGACUCGUCGAGUAUUAUUGAAGACGAGCCAAUCAGCAAUUUAGGAAUUCGUCAGACACCCAUCCUGCCAAUUUCUCUCAUACCAGAAGAUGGAUCAGCCAUACCUGUUCCGUUACCUGUGUUUAGCACGGCAGUUCCAGCAGUCGAAGUACAAGAAUCUGAUAUUACAGAGCAACAGAAUCCGGAUAUUAUGCAAGAGGAGCCACAAUCAAACGCAAGUCAUUUGCCGCUGAUUUUAGUCCCUGAUGUCAACGAGUCGCUGACGCCUGUAUCUUUUUUAACUCCCGUCAACACUCAGGAGGAUAAGUAAUGGCAAUCGUCCGUUAAAUAUUUUUCGAGGAUAUAUUUUUUAUUAAAUUAGAAUCUAGUAGGAAGUUUCGGAUUAUUUGUACUUGUAAUAAUAAAGAAAACAAAUAUUGUCCUUUUAAAA